UAAUCGCGUUAACCCGCCUGACCUUGGAUAGGCUUCGUAAGUGGGGAGGGGGAUCGGGACGCAGAGAAGGGGCAUAGAAUUUUCAUUGGCCUUGACUUGAGGGGUCUAUGUCCAUUAUAUCGCUCAAAUGAUCCAAAAUAAAUUGCUGUUGAUUUAUUAAUCGUGUAGCGCCGUCCGGGCGCGUGCGUGACUAAAUGGCGGGAAUGUUGAAUUUCGCGCCUUUCCAUACUUCUCAGGCAUGUGCUUAUGGCCCAGGGGUAACACGUUAGGCGCGAAAAAGGGAAAAAGGGAUGUAGUACGAAACGCCACGCAUCACUAUCAACUAGUGGGACAGGGUCAUAGGAGUCGUUUUUCUCACAUUCCUCCCCGCAUACCUACAAUUAUCAACCCGGAUUUUGAAACUCGAACACGAACCGAAACCCAGGACCGAAACUAAAUCUAAAACUAUGUCUAUAUCUGAAACCAGGAAAAAGGAAUGAAAGUCUUUCUAUGGGCGUCAGCUAGCCCAGUUAUACCGACAUGAAUACCAUCCUAGGACUACUGCUAACAUACUUUUGUAGGGACGGGGACGAGAUCACCUGCACUAGGCUUAAUGACUUAGAAUUGUGAUGGUGAUGCUGGUAGUGGAUUGAAUGGUGACAGCCCCUACAACCCGGCAAAACCUUCCGCAUCAAGUUACGAAGUUAAAUUUUGGAAAGGCUUAACAUUCGAUCUUCACAAUGGUUUCCGUAGCUGAAAUGUCCGGCUCUGACGAGAUGGGCCGCUCAGCGCUCCACCUCUGUUGUUUCAACGGACACUUCGCAGUGGCGGAGGUGCUUAUUCAACAUGGAGCGCCAGUGAACGCCAAGGACAGGAUGGGAGCAACCGCACUCCACAUGGCUGCUAUCAGUGGCCAUGCUAAAAUCGUGGAGCUUCUCAUUGCCAAUGGAGCACAAAUAGGGGCCAAGACUGUCAGUGGAGACAACGCCUUUGAGUUGGCCUACGACAAAGAACAUUACGAUGUGGUAUCAUGUAUUUUGGACUGCUACAAAAGUGUGAGUCAGGUCGGGUAUUGGUCCGCGUCCAAUAUUCUACUGGAUGCUGUUAGGGCGUGCCAUAUUCCCCUUGCAAUUUCAGCACUUUCUAAAGGUGCUGAUGUUAACAUUGGAGAUGAAGCCAAUGCUACUCCACUCCAUAUCGCCUGUGAGCUGAACAACGUGAAUAUGGCGACCCUGCUGUUAGACAAUGGCGCGAGGGUCGAUGUCAUCAACUCGAAUUUCCAGAGUCCCCUGCAUUCGGCUUGCAUGAAUGGCGGACUAGAACUGGUCAAGAUGUUGGUCAAAGGCGGAGCGAAGGUGAACGCACUGGACAGAGAAAAGUCAUCCGCAUUGCACACCGCAUGCUACUUCCAGCAGAGCAGUGUGAUCAACGUCCUUCACGACUAUGGGGCAGAUAUCUUUUGCAAGGAUGAAAAAGGGGUAACCCCCUUGUUCUCCCUGAUUAGGAGUCCAAUUAACUCCCCACAAGGGUUCUUAAAUGGAUUUCUGGUACUUCGUUAUGACGUAGAGAGUGUGCUAAAACUGCUCUCCGAUAUGACCCCAAUCGGCGUGGUGUACAAGUUGGAAAAACGAGUACUCCUCAUUGCCAUGAUGACCGCCUGUGGUCACAUAUCUGAUAUCCCUCCUGCUCUGCUGACCAUGCUGACCUACUAUAAAGAGCUGGACAGCCUCUUCGCUAUCAACCAAUAUGGCUUCCUUCUGAAGAAGUACACAGUUGAUUUGGCGCUGAAGCAGUUUCAUUUGACAAAGCUUGAGGAGUUCAAACAGCAGCCGCCGUCUCUUCUUGCGGCCUGCAGGAUGAGGGUAAGGGCGUGCGUUUGCAAGCGCGGGCUACCAAUAGAACCACGCAUCCAGCUCCUCCCUGUCCCAGAGUCAGUUAAAAAGUACUUAAGAUUUGAAUCGGAGAUAGAGCAGCUUACACAGUCGGGAACGGAAUGAUCUGUCUGUGUCCAUGUAACUAACUGUAAUUUAAUUUAAUUCUAAGGGCACUGUUAACCUGAAGCUUAUAUGUAUGUACAAUCAUAUCCUGAAGAAAUCGGGGGUUAAUGUUCGCUUCUCCCGCUCUGCACACAAACUGGGCUGGAGAAGCGCACAUUAACAAUGUACUAUAGUCGUACUUUCACCUAUCAAAUCCCCGUGUCUUUUGCGCUUACACCUAUGAAUUGCCGUGUCUAAAUAGACCCGUGUGUCAAAUCCCCGCGUCUAUUAGCCCCGAGCUCGAUGGGGCUAAUCGGGGGCGAAUUUAGACCCGUGUUCAACACGGGUUUUUUGGUAGGUGGAAUCUGAAUAGACACGGCAAUUGCAAGUUCUAAGAUCCGGCGACAGAUGGCGCGGUGUAGUUGCCUCGGUAUUGUACAUGCGCAAUUCCCCUCCCAACGGGAAAGAAACACCCAGGAGAGCUCCCUACCUACAGCGCACCUGUCGCCGGGGCUAUUAACCAUUAUCUAACACCACUGAUGUGUAAGUGCGCCCCGGGUUUUUUGACACACGGCGAAGACACGGGUCUUGAAAAAACACGGGGUUUUAUGAUAGGUGGAACUAUGACUAUAAUGGUAACUUUGAAGUUGCAAACUUGUAUUCUAUUGCAAUGCUGACAUGACGCCGCCUUUCUUGAUGUUAGGCUUGUGAUGUGUUACCUAUCUUUGAUUAAAUGUAAAUAUUACGUUUUGCUGUUUCGUUAUAGACAUUAAAAAUGACAGCAACGAAGCAUUCUCUGAGCUGUCUAUCAUGACGUUUUUUCCGUCAGUUACAACACUAAUGAAUAUUUCUUGACAGUGUUCAAAACGACGCACGAACGUACCAUAGCAAAUUACAUGUAAUAUUCAUGUUCACAAUUUUUCAUAUUUUUGGCAGAUACAUUAUCAACGAGCUCUCCUGGUCUUUCGGCAAAGUUACUUUUAAACAGUUUAUAUGGGGCAUGAUAAUUAUUGGUCUUUCUUCAACAAAGUUUUAUGCAUUACCAGCUAUUGCGGGCCUGGCCAAUCAAGCCAAUUAGUGCACCUGCUUAAUUGGUCCUGGCAAGCCUAAUGGAUAUAUGUCUAGGUAUUUACUGGCAAAAUUUGGAGUGAUUUGGAUGGAAAUUCGAUGUGUCCAUCUAUAGGUUGAAAAUUUUGGUAAAUCUGUAAUGCUUCACUCGUAGCCCGUAGUGUAAAUUCCUGAGAAAGUGGGUUUUGGGGGCUUUUCUAGCUGCGCUAGCUCCGAAACUAUACAUUUGAUACAAACUCCCGACUUCAGACGUGGUUGAUAUAACUCUUAGGAUUAUAUUCCCAAGAUUUCAGCUUUAUUGGAGCAAAAUUCAUAGUGUCCAUAGGGGGGUUGAAAAUUGGAGGAUUUUCAAUUUUUUUUCCCAACAAAUAUGCGAAAAAUAUUACUUUCCACCUAGAAUUAAUCAAAAUUUCGCAAACUAUCAUAAAGUACUUCCUUGCAACAAUCAUUUGUGAAGCUUUCAAAACUUUUGGCUGAUUUAUUUGACCCUAAAUCAGCAAAAACCAAACAUUUUAGUGUUUGUAUGCACCAAUGCACAGGAGGCUAAUUACCAGAUUAAUUCACACCUUUCCAAUCUCAAACAAUAGGAAUGAUGGAGUCUCCCUCUAUUGAAAACAGAGUGUGCUAGGCCCGCAAUAGCUGGUAAUGUGGAAAUAUUUAUCAUCAUAUUAUGAGUUAAUUCGUAUUUAUUUCUCCUAUUUAUUAGAAAUGUCAGUUUACACAUUGUUGGUAUUAUUGUAAUGAUCUUAUCAUUUAUGUUCAUGUAUACACGAAACUGAUGAUUAAGUGUUUCAUCAAAUAUAAGAGGUUGAUUUACGUUAGAUGUGUAUAGUUGGAAUAAAGUUGAUUCUGUCUAA